CGACGCCAAUGAUGCCAAUGAUGCCAAGAAUACAGACGAUGCAGACCAUGAUUCCGACUCCGAGCCAGAGGCCGAGGAAAAGGACGAGGAAGAGACCGACCCCCUCAAGGCCCCCUGGGAAGCCACCUUCCUGUCCUCUCUCAACCAAGGACAGCUCUUCACCCUCAUGAUCGCCGUCAACUUUCUCGACGUCCCCGAUCUCCUCAAGGCCAUCGCCCGAGCUAUCGCGCAAGAGAUUAAGUAUAUGUCGACGGAGCAGAUGCGCGAGUACUUCGGCAUCGAGAACGACUUCACGCCCGAAGAGGAGAAGAAGAUCCGUGAGGAGAACGGCUGGGCUCAUGAGCGCGACGCGGACUGUGAUUCUGAUGAUGGCGCUUGGUAGGGGGGUGAGGCAUUGCUGUUUCAUCUACUUUCAGCUUACACACGUUGCUGAGAUGCCUUUAAACCUCUCUCUGGCUCAUGGCUAGCUGCUACGACUGCCCACGACUGAUGCGUGGGUGGUUUCGACCUACCUACUGUUCAUAGCUGCUUGGAGCCUAAUUAAUUCACAUAAGUCUACGCCCC